AGACAAAGUCCGGCGUAUAUGACGCCGUGCUCGACCCGCCACUGCUCGGCCGCCUGCUGGACGCGGGCCUGCCCUUCUGCUGCGGUUCGCUCUGGACGAUCCUGCUGAGCCGGUGCUGACGCUGCGCUGACCGCCAUGGAGGCGCUACUCGACUGUAGACCCGAUGAGGUGUGCCUGGACCGUACUCUGGGCUGGAGCCGCGGCCUGGAGCAGCCAUCGCUACCCACUACCCUGGACACGGAGCCAGACACGGCACAGCGCUACAGGUCUGAGGAGGCCGGGCUGAAGGACGACGCCGUCACCCGACUGGACGCAGUGCGCGCUCUGGUGCGCGUGGACGCACUGCCGCGGGUCAGGUACCUACUGGAGGUGGCGCGUCCGCCCCCGUCCGCGGUGGUCUCCGCGCUGCGUCUGCUGACCCGCUGCUGCCGUCACUCGCUGCAGCUGGCGGCAGAGGUGGCGUCGUGUCCCCGCCUGCUGGACACGGUGGUGACCGCCUUCCUGCCCGUCUGUGGUACCGCUCCACUCGAGGGCUCGGAGCCGGUGGAGCGUCUCAGCACGGUGUACGGCGUGCCCCUCCACCACGCCCUAAAACUGCUGCGGGUCCUCAGCAGUCAGAGCGGUCAGCUGGCCGGCCGGCUGGUGCGGCUCCGACCGCGCGUCAUGGAGGCGCUCCUCAGCUAUGUGGCUAUCAACCCCGGUGAGUCGGGUAUGCCGACUCAGGAGGUCCUCACCUUGGCCAUCGAGUCCUACCGGCUGUGGGCAGUGCUGCUCAGCUACAACCUGGCAGACACCAACUUCAUUGAGUUUUUCCCGCUGUUGGUGCGGCAGCUGCACUUUUGUCUGGCCUCUGUCUCUGUGAACGACCACCAGGAGUCGCAGCGGUUCAACCACGACCUGGCCACCUGGAUCCUGGUGCUCUGUCGUACCGCCGUCUGCGCGGCCUUCAGCAACCACCAGACCGAGCUGCUCAACAAGACUGGGGUUGACCUGACGUCUCCGGGGGCGCUGCGCUGGGGUCACGUGGCCGGCCUGCUGGACCCGGUAGAACAGUGCACUAGGAAAUGGCUGACUGAGGCGGCCCGCGCCGACUCACUCACGGAUAACGCCGUCCAGAUGUUGGGCGCAUGCUGCCAGUUCCUGGCGGCCUUCCACGAGCGCUGGGCCCGGCUGGGUCUGGACGACACGGCAGCCAGGAUUGGGCGGCUACAGACCCUCGCUGACGUCACACUCGCACCAUUUGUGACGUCACAGGCCUGCCUAAGGCAGCUGGAGAAACUUAGGGAGUUUUCAAGUUUGCUGAGCGACGAGUCGAGCGGCCGGUCGCGGGACCCGGCGAGUCUCCCGUCGCUCGGCGCCGUCAGCUGGGAGACCGGUCAGGUGGCGCCAGUGCUGCGGGCGGGCUCGCCCGUCCCGCUGCUGACUGCACUGCUGCAGCUAAUUAGGGCCGUGGGCAGGCUCCAUCCCGGUCUGACCGAUAAGCUCUGUCUUCCACUGGUCUCCAGCGCUCCCGUCAGCUCAUACCUGAGCUCCCUGGCGGGGUCUGGCCGUCUCAGUCUGUCAGGAGACUGGUUUACCAGGCACGAGGUGCAUCUGGUGACCGAGCUGCUGCUGCUGCAGGCCGCCCUGACGGGGUCUCCAAACCCGUCCCGGUGCCACACCGUGGGUCUGCGCCUGCUGCCGUGCUUGCAGACUGGAGACGAACAUCUGUGCGCCGAACUGAUGCGUCACGUCGUCUUCAACCGGGCGCUGCUCAUGGAGCCGGGUGACAGGCCGGUGCCUGCGGUCUCUGAGUCUACCCUGGCCCAGCUGGUAUCCUCAUACAGCCUCUACGAGCGCUGCCUGCUCCGUCCGGCCGCGGCCGCCGCCUCCCGGGACCGUGCUGAUUCGCUGGCCGGCCGCGUGGCGGCGCUGGCGACGCGCGACAGUGGCGCCACCCUGCUGCCCGCCGAUUGGUGGUACGCGCCGCUGGUGCGCCUCUACGAGAGGAACAAUCCACAGGGCAGCGGCGAGGAGGCUCCCCCCGCCGCGGGUUCCUCGGGUCCGUCCGGCACCCUGCCUCCGCCGCCGCCGGAGGACCCCAGGGCAGAGCUGUAUGGCGUGGAGCCGGCCCGCGUGGCCGACCGGUGUCUCCAGCUGCUGGCGGUGCUCUUCAGCCGCCACCGGCGCCUCGUGGACGCCCUGUCCGUGACGGCGCACUUUGCGCGAGUCUGCUGCGUGUUCCUGGCAGGCGAUGACCUGUUCCUGGACCCAGCCGUGCAGCGGGGCUUACGUCAGGUUCUACAGCACGUGCUGGAGGAUCCUGACCAGCUGGACCUCACAGCCGACGUCCCGGGCCUGGCCAGCUUCGGAGACCUGUACACCCAGCUGCUGGACCAGUUCGAGGGCGUAUCGUACGGAGACGCGCUGUUUGGCGCCGUCAUCCUGGUGCCGCUGCUGCCCCGGCAGCCGGCGGAGCUGCGGCGUGCCCUGUGGAUCGAGCGGCCGCUCGCGCUGAGGGCCAUCACCACCCGGCCCGAACAGAUGCUGAUACCGCUGGAGCUAUACCUGAGCUCGGUGGAGACAGACGCCGCAGUUCUGAAGGCCUACCGCACCGCCCUGCAGCGGGGGACCGUCACCGCCGCCCGAAACCCCGCUCUGCAUCGGAUCGCCACCGCGCUGGUCGGGCCGGCGGCGUAGAGAUCGGGGGAGGGGGCCCAGGGUGUGGGUACUCAGCCUAGAAUAUGUGCGGCGCCUAGCUGAUGUGGCGGGCGCAGCUUGGGGUGUGGGGACGCAACUUAGGAAGUGGAUACUCAGCCUAGGAUGUGAGAACACAGUACGCCACGGAGGUGUUGGCUGUCGGUCAUCAAUGCUAGCUCGAACAAUGUGUCUCGAAACAGUACGGUGUCGUGAAACACUAUUUGCGUGCGAGGGCGAGUGUGAUAGAGUGCCACGAGCUCGAGCUCGGUCAGUUCGAGCAUCCAUCGCUCAUUCAUCUAUCUAUCCGUCAGUCACUCAUACCGUCUCGUCGGCGAUUGUCAGGAAUUUUUUGUUUGCUGGCCGGGCCGCCUGAAGAACAACUGUCAGUUGUUUUGUGACUCAAUCGUGUAUCGUGUGUAUCGUGAACCGUUUGGUCAACUGUGAACGCAGAAACAGAUGAGGGUCAAAGAAUAAAGAUACGGCAGAGACAUGUGUGGUAGAUAAUAUACGCAAUGGUCAUGUC